AUGUGGUACCUCAUAGCAGCCGUCACCCUGACCGUGUGCAACCAACCCCAGGAAAUACCCAAACUUUAUCACUAUGCUCUCCACCUGCGAAAUGGUCUGGGCCAUCCGUCUCCAGAGUUAUACGAUAAGGUCAAGACCUCCAUAGACUGCGUGUCUGGCGAUAACAACUGGUGUCCGUACGAACUGGAUCCUAGUUUCAGACUCUCGGAAAAGUUCAGAGAAAGCAUCUUGAAAACAUCUGCGUUGAGUGGACUCCCCAAGGCAAUCAACUCUCUGAUGAUUCUGAAAGAAACCACCCCGAAAGCAUUGAGGGCUUCGCAGGAACCCAACAGACCGCCCACCAGCUCGUUUGCUGCGUUCGAGUCGGAACAGGCCCGCGGCAUGCAGUUCUGGAAAACCAUAUACAGCAAGAUCAGCAACAGAGUCAUCACCCAGAUGAGCUCGUCGUACCCUGACCUGUGGUCGUACACGAUCCAGCACGUGUAUUCGCCACUGCUGUCGUACUCAGGGGUCCUCACACCGCAGGAGACCUCGCUGAUAGUGAUAUCGUGUCUGAUUCCGCAAGACGUGAAUCCACAGUUGAAAGGCCAUCUAAAAGGAGCUCUGAAUUUGAACAUUGACUUGGAAACCAUCAACGACUGCCGCGAGAUGGCCAUCGAGGUGAGCCAAUGGUGCGGAACUGUGUGGAAGAACGAGGUUGCCAAAUUGUAG